AUGGGGAAGAAAGAUGGAAUAGCGCCAUAUAUUUUAAUUAUUUUUAUCUUCCAAAACGAGGGGCCUAUACGACCCGAUACAAAAGAUAUAAGUAUGAUUUUAAGAAGAUUCACAUUUUGUUUUUUUAUAUUUCGUUAA